UUGCAGUGAGGACAGACUGUGAUGACGUCACUUCACGUCUGGUUUGUUGGUAAACCAAGGCUCUUCGCAAGUAGAUGUCAAAAAAACAAAAAAACGAUUCAUUUAAUGCAUGAAAAUGGAUAAACUAACGAUUAUUUCUGGCACACUGUUCAUGGCUGCAGAUGUGUUUGCUAUCGUGAGUCUCGCUAUGCCCGACUGGAUUAUCACAGAUGUCGGAGGCGAUACCCGACUUGGACUUAUGUGGACCUGCAUGACUCUAUACGACAGACCUCAGGUUUGCUUCACACCAGACCUUCAGCCUGAAUGGUUGCUGGCAUUAGUCUGCAUUUUUGUGGGAUGCAUUUGCAUAACAACAACUAUAAUUUUGUUGGCAUCGUCUCACUGGGACCGAAAUGUUGUGCCCUAUGCAAGAUGGGUUGGAUUUACCGCAAUGGUUCUCUUUUGUAUGGCUGCUGUUAUAUUUCCAAUGGGUUUCCAUGUAGAUGAAAUAGGAGGACAACCGUAUCAAUUGCCCAAUAGUCACCAAGUAGGCAUAUCUUAUAUUUUGUUUGUUUUGGCCCUUUGGAUCACUGUUAUCUCAGAGUUAUUUGCUGGAAAAGUGUGCUUGCCUCACUUCUGAGCUGAUGUAUAUGUUGGGUUUGUUGUAUAUGCUGACUUCUGAACGUUACGUCAUUUCUUUCUUAAAGAUUACUUAUAAUUAAGACAUUGAAAGGGACAUUUGUAGAAAAUCUAAGGACAUCUGUUACAGUAUUAAUAGUAUAUUUAGAUAUAAUAUUUGUUGAAAAUAAUUCUUUUUAAGAAUACUCAUAACUGAAUUAGGUUAAAUAUAUGAUUCAAAUACCCGUUUUAUUCUGUGAUAAUAAAUAAUAAUAAUUAAUUAUGGAUAUAGGAAUAAAAACUACUUUACUUUGAAAA